CGUGCUGUGUCGUCGCGAAGAGAAACAAAUGGCGGACGAGAACUGUUAAUGAGACAUUACUUUCCAGUAUUAACCGUCAUUAAACUAUCCGGUCAUUAUAUGGAUUAAGGAAACUAGAGGAUCAACUUCCCUUGAUAUUACGAGACGCCUGUGCGUGACGGGUUUUUAUAAAGUGACAAAAUGUUUUCGAGGGCUCAUUUGCUAAUAGAACGAGAAUACGAAAAACUUUGUGAGGCUCCACCUUGGGGAAUAGAAGCAAGGCCUCUUAAAGACGACAACAUAUUUGAAUGGGCAGCCAAAAUCAAAGGUCUCAAGAGUACUUUGUGGCAAGGAGGUAUAUUCCGUGUGUAUGUUAAGUUUGAUGAAAACUUUAGCCAAAAACCUCCCGAAAUCUGUUUCCACACGAUUCCUUUUCAUCCUAAUGUGGACAUGAUUACUGGUCGGCCAUGUAUAGAUUUCCUUGAUGACCAUUCCAAGUGGAAAGAGUCCUACAGUUUAUCCUUCAUUCUUGUCACCAUACAGAAUCUGUUAUCCAAUCCUAACCUAAUGAAACCGGUGAACUCUGAGGCUGCCGAGAUGAUCAUACACUCACCCCACGCCUACAAACAGAUGGUACUGGACUGUGUCUCCUCCAGUCAGAGAGUAGAUGCUGGUGUGACGUCCCAUCAUGAUAUGGAAUCAAGAGUGAGGUUCACUACCCCCGAGAAGUUACCCUCCAGACAGCCUACACAGCGGACGGCAGGUGCCCGAAUAUCACGACUCUCAUUCGACGAUUACCACAACACUUGGUGUGGUAUAGCUACCUCAAAAUCAACCCCAGAUAUGAAAAAUCCAUUGUUGGAAUCUAUUAAGGAUCAGCCCUUACUCCAGAAAGCUCACUUAGGUCUUCCCCAGGAGGAAAUCGAGGAGCAAAUGAAACGACAAAUCGAGGAACAUGAUGACUUGAUGUACGGAAAGUUCACGGAUAAACCAGUGGCUGAAGAUGAGAAAGCAGCAAAGAUGGCCAAACUUAACAGAAUGAGAAAAAUUUAUCUUCCACCUAGAAUAUCUCCAACCCCCUCAGCUGUACCACCUCCCAGUACAGGGAAGAGGGAUGAACCGUUAGACGAGGAGGUUGAGGACUUGCUGGCCUGGUCAUCUAAACUGGACGCUGACACAGUGGAUACUUGACGAUAACAAUCUGUAGAACUUUGAUACUGUAUUUGUAUAUCAUAUGUAUGUUUCUGUAUUUCACAUGUAAGUUUUGAACAGAUUUACCAGCAUACAGUUCUAAUUUAAACACAACAUAAACAGUUUUAUAUUGGUCAUAAAUCCCUGACUAGAUGUCUGUCAUUUUUCACAGCAAUCAAAGGGAGAGAACCUAUAAUGUCCUGGAGGAUCAUGAUGGUUCUGUUAACUUAAUUCUAAGAAAAGUCUUUUUCUAAAUUAAAUACUCUAUAGCAAAAACAUUCUGUGUAGUGAUAUUUGUAUUCACUGUAUAGUGAUAUCUAUAUUCACUGUAUAAUGAUAUUUGUAUUCACUCUGUUGUUAUAUUUGUAUUCACUGUGUAGUGAUAUUUAUAUUCACUGUAUAAUGAUAUUUAUAUUCACUCUGUUGUUAUAUUUGUAUUCACUCUGUGUAGUGAUACUUCCAUUCACUGUGUAGUGAUACUUGUAUUCACUGUGUAGUGAUACUUGUAUUCAUUGUGUAAUAACACUAACAUUCACUAUGUAGUAAUAAAUACAUUCACUAUGUUGUGGUACUUAUAUUCACUGUGUAGUGUUACUUACAUUCACUGUGUUGUGGUACUUACAUUCACUGUGUAGUGAUAUUUGUAUUCACUGUGUAGUGUUACUUACAUUCACUGUGUAGUGUUACUUACAUUCACUGUGUAGUGAUAUUUAUAUUCACUGUGUAGUGGUACUUAUAUUCACUGUGUAGUGGUACUUAUAUUCACUGUGUAGUGUUACUUACAUUCACUGUGUAGUGGUACUUAUAUUCACUAUGUAGUUAUAUUUGUAUUCACUGUGUAGUUUUACUUACAUUCACUGUGUAGUGUUACUUACAUUCACUGUGUAGUGUUACUUACAUUCACUGUGUAGUGAUAUUUGUAUUUACUGUUUAGUGAUAUUUGUAUUCACUGUGUAGUGAUAUUUGUAUUCACUGUGUAGAGAUAUUUGUAUUCACUGUGUAGUGAUAUUUGUAUUCACUAUGUAGAAUACUUACAUUUACUGUGUAGUGGUACUUACAUUCACUGUGUAGCGGUACUUGUUUACAAACAUAAAUACUGGGAAUAUUUAUAUAUCAUAUACAUAUUUGAGUUGAACUCUCUUGAUUUAUGACCAAGAAAAAUUUAAGUUAUGGAAAGUGUGUAUGACUUUACUGAGGGUAUACCGAUGAUGUUGUAAUCAAGUCUAACAGGCCCUCAAUAGUUUGGACACUUCAGUUUAUAAAAAAUCAGUGAUAAAUCAAUAAAGAAAGUACACAUGAAUUAUCCUUUUCAAGGUAUUUUACUCAGAAAACCUAGUUUUCCAUUUUUUUAAUUUUUUUUCUGGAUUUACCCAGAACGUUUAAUAAAGAGUAUAUUUAGUAUAAUUUUGACAAUUAUCAAUACAUGUGAUACUGAAGAUUUGGUGUGAAUAUCAUCUUUUUAUUUCAAAAUCUUUUUAUUUUAUGUUAUAAUACUUGUUUUUCAUACAAACUUAGCUAAAUAAGAUUUGUUCAGAGUUAUGAUACAUGAUAUGGAGUGAUGAUAUUCAUGAAGCUAAGAUGGUGUACCGGUUUUUCUUUUAUAAUGGUUUCAAAAUAGGUUUGAAUUAAAUACAUUUUAAGUCAAAAUGUUGUUCUUGUUUGGAUAUUUGUGUAAGAAUUUUUGGAAGAAAGAUUGAUUUAAAUGGAUUUUUAUGAAUGAAAGUGAAAGGUAAAUGUUAUGGUAAUAAAAAGAUGUGUGAAAAGGAGAAUGUUUUACUGGCUGUGAGUAUGAUUGAGAUAUGGAUUCCUAUAUAUAUUUAUAUUUUUUCUGGAUAUGAAUAUGACUAAAUUGUUUUGUUCUGUCAUGAAAAACACAAUAA